CAGCAUCAGUGUUUCUGAAUUCAGAAAACAACACAGACCACUUACAAAAUGUUUAAGCUGGUGGUGUUGUCUUGCGUUCUGGCGGCGGCGUCCGCAUCGGGCCUUUUCGCAGGAUACGUGGCGCCCUUAGCGCCUCUGGCCUACUCAUCGCCGUUCUUGCAGCCUUACAACUACCGCGGACCCUACUCUCUCGCUCCUGGUCAACCUGCCAACAUUCUGGCUUCUGAUGGCAGACCCUUAGACACUUUGGACGUGAACUUGGACCGCUCUGCUCAUUUUACCGCUAAGGCUCUGGACAACGGUUUCCAUAUUUUGAAGAAACGCUCCGCUGCUUUCAUCGCUCCUUACGUCGCGCCUUACGCCGCUCCUUACGCCGCUCCUUACGCCGCUCCUUUGGCUUACUCCGCGCCUCUUCUCCAGCCUUACAACUACCGUGGACCAUUAUCGCUAGCCCCAGGACAACCCGCUAACAUUUUGGGCUCUGACGGCAGGCCUCUUGAUACAUUGGACGUCAACUUGGACCGUGCUGCUCAUUACACAGCGAAGGCUCUGAACGGUGAAGUACAUCUCUUAAAGAAACGUUCAGCUGCUUUCAUUGCCCCCUACAGCACAGUAACCGUCGCUAGGACGCCACUGAUCGCUUCCACCUACGCCUACUCGGCACCCAUCGCCACACACAUCAGACCAAUCACUUAUGCCGCAACCCCUUUCGCUCACAUCUUGUAAAAUGUGUCAUGUUUUUAAAUUGUACAUAUAAAGCAAAUAAAACCGAUUUUUAAUAAUUUA